UCCUCUUUCCCUUCUCCCCUUCUCUCUCACACCAUAUGGAUGACUCAGCAAAUGUUUGUUGCACUGUUUUGUUUUUUUUUCUCUUCUCCUGAACAUUGACCUGAGACCAGUGUUGAUGAGCUAAUGUCAGCAUAAAGCAGCCGCUACAGUCCGGAGAGGGCUACUGUUACAGCGGGGAGGUCUCUGCAGCUGUGUGAAAUUUGAACCAGUGUGGCGGUUGAAUACGGAAGAGCACUGCAGUUGAGGAAAGGGAAGGAGAUGGGACUAAUCACUUUACCCGUGAUACGCCGCAUGGCCGUAUGCGGUGGCACCCAUGGCAACGAGCUGACGGGGGUUUACCUGGUGCCUGAGUUGGAGAGGCAGAGGAGAGAGAAGGGUGACACCCUGUGGCCCGUCCCUGUUACUACAGUGCUGUCCAACCCUCGGGCCGUCAAAGAAUGCAAGAGAUACGUGAAUAAGGACCUGAACCGCUGCUUCACCAGCGCCAUCCUCAGUUCUCCUGUAACAGACACUACUCCUUAUGAAGUUCAAAGAGCUCAGGAGCUGAACUCUAUGUUGGGGCCCAAAGGCACAGCAGAUGCCACAGACAUCAUCUGUGACCUCCAUAACACCACUGCUAACAUGGGCCUCACAGUCAUAUCAUACUCGCACACCAACUGGGUCAUCAUGCACAUUUACAAGUACCUCCAGGAAAAGAUCACCAAAGUGCCUGUGAGACUGAUUUUGCUUAACAUUCCAAUCUGCGAUGCUUAUUCUUUGGAGUCCGUGGCCAAGCAUGGCAUUUCCUUAGAGGUGGGGCCACAGCCUCACGGUGUUGUCAGGGCAGACAUCUUUAACGUUAUGAAAGAGGGGGUCAAUGUGGUUCUGGACUGGAUUCAACACUUCAACUCAGGAAAAGUAAUUGAGGGAGCAGAGGUGGAUGUGUUCAUGUUUGAAAAGAGUGUCGAUUACCCCAGAGACACAGAGACUCAGAAUCCUUUAGCUGUCAUCCACCCACAACUGCAGGACCAGGACUUCUGUCUCCUCCAACGUGGUGACCCUUUAUUCCUCACAUUCUCUGGUGAGACAGUGGGGUACGAUGAAGAAGAACCACUCCAUCCCUUCUUCAUAAACGAGGCUGCUUACUACGAGAAAGGAAUUGCCUUUCAUCUGGCUCGCAAGAAGACACUGGUGAUUCCCAACAUACAAGCGAAGAAUGACUGAGAAAGGAAUAUGGAAAAUCAGAGGGCACUUUAAAGGAAACCUCAGACCAUGUGAAGUCCAUGGUUAAGGGCCAAGUGGACAAUAUCUUCAACUCUUCAUUAGAGAUGCCCAGCCCUGGUCCAGGACUGGAGUUGGACACUCUGUCCUUUAUCCUCAGUGGUGCUUAACAAAUCACACACACACACAGGAAAAAAAAAAAAAAGUGUUCUGAAUAUACAGUCAUACCAUGGGCUGGUAUUCUAGACACUGUGUAAGACUAAUCCUAACCUAAAAUGAAUGUGCCUUGAAAAUUCUCAGUGGUAUAAUUAAUCAGUGUUUGAACAAUGUAAUAUACAUCAGAUCACAACUUUUUUAAAAAAUUGUACUUUACUUCUCAGGUGUGCUCAAAAAUCACUAAAUAAAUAAAUGCUAAAUGAGUACAAAAUAA